ACUUCGUUGCUUAGCUUCCUCCGAGCUCAGCACUUCCAUGGCCGCUGCGUCAGGCGGUCGCACCGAUUGAUUCGUCGGUUUUGUACAUUUCCGCGCCGUAGUGCUUGUAUACUCAAUUCCAGUGGUUUUCUGGCUGCUGCAUCCGCCACCGUCGCGCAUUACCCGCGAGUGUUUUUUCUCUCAAUUCCAUUCAUCCUGGCCGUUCCAUUUCGCUCUCCGUUUCGGCGCACUUCAGCUCGCUUCCUCUGCUCGAUUAAUGACACAACGAAGUAGCUAGACAGCGAUUUCCUCAGGUUUCUCGAGGCUCGCUUAGUCCUUUUUAGAUUUCUCAAAAACACGCUGCGAUUUCUCAAAUACACCUCGCCUAAGGGUUCUUUCUCCUCUACGCACGCCACCUCCCUAGUUUCGGGACCCUCAAGACCACCCCUAGCGCUGAUUCCGCACCUCCCUUGGCGAUGGUGGGAAUUUCUUCGCAGAGGGCGGAGCGAGCUCUUCGCAUGAAGGAGGCCGAGCCGUCGCCACUUCCCGUGGGCGUCCUGAGCGACCGUAAGCGAAAGAGGAUGUCGUCAGCCGCGUCGCAUUCUGUCGCACAGCAGCAACCAGCUAGCGACGUCGGUACUUCUGGUUCGAUAUUGAAUCUGAUUAGCCGCGUGAUUCCACUUGCCUCCGAUCCCGCCAAGCGUCAACGGAUACAUCCCGCCGCUAACUCCUUCUCCCGCGCCGCUGCUGGCUUCGGCUUGAAACAAGGAGCGCUUGCUUCGUAUCCUCCCGGCGUGCACGGCGUGGAUGGCAGAGCCAGCAUGCCAACGUGGCAGGAUGCUGACGCGGCGAAUCCAGCUGGCGCGGGAGAGGAAGGGGAGGAGGUGGAAGGGGAGGGCGAGGGGCAGCGGGAGAAUGGAGGGAGCGGGUCAUUGACCGUGUACAGAGAACCACCCGUCGGCCCGCGGCAGAACCUCUUGCCCAUGGCUGCGCAGCCUCUGCUCCAGCGGGUGAUGCCACGUGGCAUGAACGGGCCUGUGCGGCGGUCGCCGCAGUCCAAGCGGGUGAUGACCGCCUCGCCGUCUGUAGCGGCUAUAGCGGUUGUAGCGGCACAGCAGCCGCUCUCGCUCGUACCGCCGCAUCCGCAGGCACAUCCGCAGGCGCUGCUUGCCGCCUCACCUAAUACGGCCAUGGAUUUGGAAAGGCGGGGUGGGGAUGCAUACAGGAUCCCGAGCCCAUGGCGGUUAGGAGGCGGAGGCGGAGGCGGAGGCGGAGGCGGAGGAGCAGCAGCAGCAGCAGGCGGAGCGGCGGUGGCGCAGAGGAUUUUCCAUUCUCCGGGGCGGAAGGACCGGUGGUCGGAGACGCUAGUGAGGAAGAAGCGGAGGGGAUCGGGGGCGAGUGGGUCCGGGACGAAACCGUCUGCUUCACCUGCAGCAGCAGCAGCUGCAAAAGCACGAGCACGAGCAGCAGCAGCAGCAGCAGCAGCGGCAGCGGCGUUACCGGCGGCGGGUGCAGCAGCUGCGAAGGCGGUAACUGAAGAGUGGAUCGGGGUGUCGAGGCGGGUGACGGGUGCGCAGCUCGAGGCGUACAGGCAAAUGGCGGGGGAGAAGAGGCAGAUGAGCCCGGGGGAGCUGGAGAAGCAGAGGCAACGGUUUGAGGGGAAACGGGAGGAUUCCAGGGUGGACUCUCUGCUUGCCAUGCCACCGCGUCAUAACGGCGGCGUCGCUGGGAAGCCUCAGCGCGAGGAGCAAGAGGAGCAAGCGGAGCAAGAAGUGCAAGAGGUGGAGGGAGAGGAAGGAGAGGAGCAAGGCGAGGAGGCAGUAUUCGGCCGUCCACCUCUAGCACCACCAGCAACGCCUGCUGAACCUGCCCCUGCUGCUGCCGCUGCCCCAGCAGCCGCAGCAGCUGUUGCGGCUAUCGUUGAUGCCGAUAUUGUCCACUCGGCACUAGAGUCCUCAGUGCAAGCCGGAGAAGCCACAGCAGCAGCGCUUGAUCUCCAGCGGUUGGAGCUAGACCGGAUUAUAGCGGGGUGGGAGUUGCGUGCAGGGGAGAGGGAGGCGCGGGAUGAGGAGAGGCGGGUGAGAAUGGAGGAGCUUCAAAGAGGGAUGGGAAGCAUGGGUAUGGAGCGCAAGGCCACGCGGCAGCAGGCUCAGGAGCGUAGAGCUCUGGCUGAGGAGAUGCGACGACCCAAGGCGAAGCCUGUGGAGCGCAAGCUGUCAAAGCAGGAGCUGCAGGAGGUGGAGCAGGCAUUCCAUGGCGGGCCCAGUGGCGAGCAGCUGUCAUUCCACCAGGGGUCUAACAUCAUUGUCACACGCAACCACAUGCGCUGUCUCAUGCCAGGGGGGUGGCUCAACGACGAGGUGAUCAACCUGUACCUGGAGCUGCUGAAGGACCGCGAGAGGCGCACACGGCAGCCCGGCAACCGCAAGGGCGGGUGGCCUGUCUGCCACUUCUUCAACUCCUUCUUCUACGCACGGGGAGGGAGGGAGGGAGGGAGGGAGGGGAGGGAGGGAGGGAGGGGAGGGAGGGGAGGGAGGGAGGGAGGAGGGGGGGGGGGGGGGGAGGGAGGGGGGAGGGAGGGAGGGAGGGAGGGAGGGAGGGAGGGAGGGAAGGGAGGGAGGGAGGGAGGGAGGGAGGGAGGGGGAGGGGAGGGAGGGAGGGAGGAGGGAGGGAGGGAGGGAGGGGGGGGGGGGGGGGGAGGGA